GUGCCCUUCGAAGCGCACACUCCCAAUGCCGCCCUCCUGGGAGUGGGGAGCAAAAUCAGAAGGGAAGCUGGGGUCUUUCGGACGGCGAAGCACUUUCCUGCCCUUAAAAGAGGGCGAAGGGGAAGGACUUCCUGGCUGGACUGUCCCGGGUUACCUGAAUGCCGGCCGGUGAGGGGGAGAGCGCGGGCAUUGGGGUUUUUUUGGUUGACCAGCGUCGUUGCACCCUCUAUGGCCAAAGCGCCCCCCCCCUUUCUAUUCCUGCGAAGCUCCGGACCCUUCCCUGCCCGUCUGUCCUGAAGCUUUUCUCCGUGGAUCUCCCAUCUCCGGUCGGAAGAAAAUCCUGAAGGGAUUACCUGAAGGGAGGCAGCUCUGCUUCUUGAAAGGCUCCCAAGGGAAUUCGUUGUAAAGGCGUUGUAAAGUCCCGAGGAUGUUUUCCCUCUGCUGCUGGGAGAUGAAUCCUGCGGAUGCUGGAGUGAAGAAAUGAUCGUAUUCAAAGCUUUGCUGGCCUUAACUUUGGACAGGUGAACCUGCAGAAGAUUCGGUACCAGCCAGAAAUUUUUGAAGAGCAGAGGAGAAGCUGCAUCUGAUCACCUUUCUUUCUUGAAAUUAAGCAUAUCCAACAGCUUUCCCUGUCUUUUACCCUCCUGAUGAGUUGCAACAUUAAUUCCUCCCAGUAAACCAGUAAUCCCAGGUGGAUGAAAAUCAUCAAAAAAAACAUGAUACACCAAAAUGAAUCCUGCGGUACAGAACAGAUAUCCUAUUUAACAUGCAUGUUUUAUAUAUUAGAAGAAUGGACUGGAGUAGAAAACUUGGGAGAAUAUCUGAGUUACCUCAUCUAUCUCACAUGGCUAUUUAUGCCACUACUCUUAGUUUUUUUGCUUCCAACAAUUAUCAUCCUCCUCAUUUACAUUUCGGCUAUCAUUGUUCAUAUUUACAAAAGAAAGACAGACAUAAAAGAAGGUUAUUUGAAUGAUUUCUGGGAUGGUGCAAGACAAACAUUGGCAACUAUGUGGUAUGCUCAUGGAAGAAUAUGGAAUGGUUAUGAGGUGCAUGGUCUUGAAAAACUACCAGAUGGACCAGCAAUUAUUAUUUUUUAUCAUGGAGUAACUCCCGUAGACUUUUUCUACUUGGUAGCCACUGUUUUGAUCAGGAAAAAAAGAAUGCUCCAUGUUGUUGCUGAUCAUUUUGUGUUUUUAGUUCCAGGUUUAAAGUUAUUAAUUGACGUGAUCCAUGUUCUGCAUGGAUCGCAGGAAGAAUGUAGAAAAGUAUUAGAAAAUGGAGGACUGGUAGCAAUUUCACCAGGGGGAGUACGGGAAGCACUGUUCAGUGAUGAAAAUUAUACUAUUAUGUGGAAAAAUCGUAAAGGGUUUGCUCAAGUGGCCAUUGACACAAAAGUGCCCAUCAUUCCUAUGUUCACACGAAAUAUUCGGGAAAAUUUUCGAGUAGUUGGAAGAGGAAUAAAAUUAUUAAGAUCGAUAUAUGAGCAUUUUCGUUUCCCAAUAUUCCCUAUGUAUGGAAACUUUCCAGUUAAAUUGCAGACUUAUUUUGGAGAUCCUAUUCCAUAUGAUCCAAACACCACAGCAGAAGAACUAACCCAAAAAGCAAAGGAUGCACUACAGUGUUUAAUAGACAAACAUCAGAAAAUACCAGGAAAUGUGUGGAGGGCUUUGAUGGAAAGAUUUACAACAGAGAAACAAGACAAUGAAUAACUUUGGCAAAUUAUUGUGGAAAAAAAUUGAAUGAUAUUUUAAUGUGAUAUAUGAUGUUGCAAUAGUUUUUUAUUUGCUGUGCAAAUGUAUAAUUUUACAGAAAACCAAGCUUUGAAAAUCAUUGUUACAUGUAUUACUCAAGAAAGUAAAUCUUUCAGUGUAAAUACAACUCUUUGUGUUCACAGAAAAUCAAAGUUUAAAAAGCACAAUCCUAAUUAGGAAUUAGAUGUAAAAAUGAUUUUUAGGCUUUUUGAAAUACAUCAAAUACAUAGCCUAUUUCUAGUACUUCUUAAAUAUAAACCUUAAAUGGAUCAGGAUUAUAUUUAGUAUUUUU